AUGUCAGGGAUGGAGAAGGUUCACAGGUUGAUGGAUCAGAUGCAGCAGGAACAAAGUACCUCAGACACUACAAUACAGUCUGGACAGCAUGUGCAGAAUACACAUGGGUGCCAAACGGACCACAUAGCCCCCGUUGUCAGCCCCACAGGAGCUUGGGGGAAAAUCCCUGGUGUGAGUUCAAUGCAGGCUGCAGGUUUACACUCCCAGGUGUCAGACUACGUGCAAUCAGAGCUGGUGAAUGCAGGGUCCACUUCUGUUCUGCCACUUAAUAUCAGUCGCCCGAGGCCUACUGCACUGGGGAACAAACUUGCAGGGAAGACCUCCAGAAUCCCUGAAACUUAUGUCAAGGAGAAGCCUUCCAUCCCAGCUUUUGUUACAGAUCUACAUAGCCCAAUCUCCCAGUCCCUAACAGAGCCUUCUCAGCUGCCUCACAGCCCUCAGAGUCCUUUCAGCCGUCAGCCUUACUCUGUACAGCCUUACUUAAGCCCUCAAGCAAGCCUGGCUCAGCCUCCUCCUAACCCUACCCCACCAUCUAGUCUCAGUCCCAAAGCGAGACUAAGUCCUCAGCCACAGAAGACCAUUGGAGGGGCCUUAGUGGAGAACCAACCACAGGUUGACAAGACAUGCAAGGAAUCAGAGGGCUUCAAGAUCCACAUUGUGACAUGGAAUGUAGGUUCCGCCGUGCCCCCAGAUGACAUUACUUCCCUGUUUGGGCCAAGCGCUGCUGACUGUAGCGUAGACAUGUUUAUCAUUGGGCUACAGGAAGUGAACUCCAUGAUAAACAAGCGUUUGAAGGAUGCCCUGUUCACAGAUCAGUGGAGUGAGCUCUGUAUGGACACACUUAGUUGCUAUGGAUAUGUGCUGGUGGCCUCCCAGCGUAUGCAGGGGGUGCUGUUGCUGGUCUUCUCUAAAUUCUGCCAUCUUCCAUUUCUGCAAGGUGUGCAGACAGAGAGCACACGCACUGGUCUUGGGGGAUACUGGGGAAAUAAGGGGGGUGUCAGUGCGAGGAUGGCAAUGUUCGGCCACCCAGUGUGCUUCCUCAACUGUCACCUGCCAGCCCAUAUGCGGAACCUGGAGCAGCGUAUGGAGGACUUUGAGAGUAUCCUGCAGCAGCAGCAGUUUGAAGGCGGCACUGCCACUGGUGUGCUGGACCAUGAUGUGCUGUUCUGGUUUGGGGACCUUAACUUCCGUAUCGAAGACUAUGACAUACACGUGGUAAAGAGUGCUAUUGAUAGCAAUAAACUCCCCCUGCUGUGGGAGAGAGACCAGCUCAACAUGGCAAAAAACAGUGAAUCUAUCUUGGAGGGAUUUAACGAAGGUCCUCUCAAUUUCCCACCAACAUAUAAGUUUGAUGUGGGGACACACACAUAUGACACCAGUGGAAAGAAGAGGAAGCCUGCUUGGACAGACCGUAUCCUCUGGCGCCGGCGUCGCACUGGAUCCCCUGUGCCUUCCCACAAUGCUGCUCUUCAGCGUGGCCUGACCUUAUGGCUGGGUGGGGCUACCAGGGUGACGCACCUUGCCUACCGCAGUCACAUGGGCUACACCAUCAGCGACCAUAAGCCAGUCUCUGCCCUUUUCGCAUUACAUUUCCCUUUUAGGGUGGACAUUCCACUGGUGGCAUUCGAGAAGGUUGACAGGGAGUGGACUAACGCUUCUGAAGCUAUAGUCAGGUUCACUGUGGCAUCAACCUACCAACGCAGCUCAUGGGACUGGGUUGCCAUAUAUAAGCUUGGAUUUAAACACCAUAAGGACUAUGUAGCCUAUGUGUGGGCGAAGGGAGAACAUCUGACACAGGUGAUAUUUGCAGAGGAAGACUUACCCAGGGAUGCUGGGGAGUACAUACUUGGUUACUACAGUAACAACAUGAACAGUAUAGUUGGAGUGACAUCGGCCUUCAAGAUCCAGAUCCCAGUACGCAGCCCAACGGUGUGUUGCUCAGACAGCUCAGAUGCCAGCUCAGAGGAUAACAGCACGCUAGUCUUGCUCGCUCCGAACUCCCGCAGCCCCAGUCCUGGAACGGGCAAACACCGCCGCUACCGCCGUAGUCGCAGCCCUGCUGUGCCUACUCUCUCUACCACCCCUUUGUCAUCCCUACAGGGCCUUAGCCUGUGUCCUCACCCCAGAGAUGCCCACUCACACAGCCACUCCCCCUUCGCUGCAGCUAAGAAAGAGCGCCUGAUGUCACCUGACACACUGCCAUCGCCCACCAUCAGCCCCCUUAGUCCGCGUAGCCCUGUCUCUCCAGGGGGUGGGGUCACAGCCCCAGAGGCCCUCAUUGCUGCCAUACUCGGGGAACACAGCCCCAACAGGGGCAUCCCAGCAGGAAAGGUUGGAAAGACCAGUUUAUAA